CGCAGCGCCUCACUCGCCGGGCAGAGGCGCCGCGCAGCUCCAGAGCUCCCUGCGCACCGCCAUGGCUUCUCCUUCCAAGGCGAAGGAGGUCUUCUCCUCCGACGAGGAGGGCCCGGCGGCCGGCGGCGCCGAGGAGCACCACAAAGUGAAGGUGUCCAGCCUGCCGUUCAGCGUGGAAGCGCUCAUGUCCGACAAGAAGCCCCCCAAGGAGCCGCCGCUGCCCGCGCCGGGCGGCAGCGCCGACGGAGCGGCCGUGGGCACCUCCAGGAACCUGCUGCUGUCGGGCCACGGGUCCCGGGACGCGCACAGCCCGCCCGGGGCGCUUACAAAAACCUUCGACACCGCCUCGGUCAAGUCGGAGAACUCGGAGGACGGCACGUCCUGGAUCCAGGAGGCCGGGAGAUAUUCCCCGCCGCCAAGACACCUGAGCCCCACUGCCUGCACCCUGAGGAAGCACAAGACGAAUAGGAAACCCCGAACUCCGUUCACCACUUCCCAGCUGCUGGCUCUGGAGCGCAAGUUCCGCCAGAAGCAGUAUCUGUCCAUCGCCGAGAGAGCAGAGUUCUCCAGCUCCCUCAACCUCACAGAGACCCAGGUCAAAAUCUGGUUCCAGAAUCGGAGGGCCAAGGCCAAGAGACUGCAGGAGGCUGAGCUGGAGAAGCUCAAAAUGGCAGCGAAGCCCAUGUUGCCAUCGGGGUUCAGCCUCCCUUUCCCCAUCAACUCUCCCAUCCAGGCUGCCUCACUGUAUGGAACAUCCUACCCUUUUCACAGACCUGUGCUUCCUAUCCCUCCUGUUGGACUCUAUGCUACUCCCGUUGGAUAUAGCAUGUACCACUUAUCCUAAGAAGAUCAGAAAGAAAAAGUGACAGUAAGACAGACUUCCUGGUGGAUCAUGUCCAGCCCUGGGAAAGCAGUACCCCAAGCAGUACUGGCCAUUCCUUCUGCACGCUUCUCUCUGCCAUCCUGAGUGUAUGGGAGUUUGUGCUAGCAAAGCAAGGCAUCCUGUAUGCUACAGGGUGGGCAUCUUCUGAGAGUGUUCUGAGCACUCAGAGUCUGAUCCUCAAAGAAAAAAAAAUAUGUAAAAACAAACAAACAAAAAAAAAAGAGAAAAAUAUUUGAGCAAAUGUAGGGGUUUUAUACAGUGCACGUAAAACGACUAAAAAAGAACGGGUGAGAAAGCAAUUUUAUCUUAUGGAGGCAGAGAUUUCCUGACACCUUCCUGAUGGGGCCCAACACAGGUUUAAAGAAAGAGGGGUGCAUGCCCUCACACCACCCUCUAAGUUGCCAUCACUUAGUAUGGGGGCAGUGGGGAGGGAAAUAAAAAGGUAUAAUCAACGUUUUGUUGUUUGGUUGUUUUUUUAAAGAAAGCAGAGCCUGUAGCUAGAGACACUGUGUAAAUAGAAGCUAGACCCAGUAGAGUCUCAGUGAAGUUCAGAGCCAGCAAAUUCCUGCAUUUCUAGGGGUAGGGAAAAUUUUUGCAUCCCAAACCUCGGCAGAUGAGUGCAACAAGAUGAGCAUCAGGGCACCUAAAUGUAGAGCCCAGCUUUAUGCACCAUGGCUCCUGUAACGCCUUUAUUUGUAUAAAUAGCUUCAGCAUUUGUAAAGCACUGUGAGGGGAGGUGAAGUGCAAGGAAGGGUUAUUAGGCAGUCUGGUCUUUAUCUCUUCCUAUUGGCAGGCUUAGAAAUGUUUGGCUACAGCCAGGUAAUCUUGGCUCUGCAAUGUGCUUUGAAAACCAGGAGAGAGGGAAGGAAGCUUUCUGGGGAAAGAAGACAUGGGUUGUUUCCACGGUGGUGGAGAGCAAAGGAUUGUUGAACACUUCUGGGAGAUGUCUGGGGUUUUUAUUAUUAUUUGCCACAACCUGUAUUACAUAGAAGAACCCCCCUGAGUCUUCCUCUUCUUCCCUUGCUAAGGAUGCCAAUAUAAGUGACUCAUGCUUCAAGCCCUUCUAAAGAGAGAUCCAGGUAUCACAAACAAUCAACCCUGCGAGUAGGACGAUGGGGUGCCAAGAGACUGCGUAACCUGUCUGUCCCCGUGGGAGCUCCUGAGUGCUGGCAGUAACUUCCCCAGGCUUCUCCUUAUAACUAUUGUAUUAUGUGUAUUACUCUUGCUAAACUUUAUGAGGAAGUUACUCCAAAGGCUGUUCAGCACUGAAGUUGGAACUUCUCCUGGAUUUAUUUUCUUAGCAUGCUGUUGUGGAAGAAACAAAACAAAACAAAA